UGUUGCACAUUCCAAGAUGACCAAAGUCUUUCAGUCAUAGUUCCAUUGGUGGUGACAACCAGGCUAACCGAUUUCAUUAAGCUUUCAUCCUUUCGGAAUGACUGAGAGUCCAAAAAAAAAAAUUCCACACCCUUCAGUGGCGGUCCAUAAUCCGAUUAUUAUUAUAUAUAUAUAUAACACUUACAAAUAUAUAGGAUUUUCAAAACUAAAUACAAGCUAGAUGAAUGUACCAUGAAAGCACAUUGCUCUGCUCCAUCUCUGCCCAAAUUAACUUUAGUGUGACCCAACAUAUCGGUGUCCCCUCCCUCCCUAACUCCGCCUUCCAAACCUAUGGAUUCGAUAGUUCAGACUCUUUUACCGCUACUUUGGCCCAGCAUCGGGUACUGGAGCAUUGGUCUGCCCAACGAGCUACUGGUGGAGGAAAGGUUAGAGAAGGAUUUCAGCGCCAGGGUCUGUCUUGUUCAGAGUCCACCAUGGGUUUGCUCCAACUGGGAUGCCUUGCCUGGAUACAUCUUGCCAUUGCAGUGACAGUGAACGGUCAGAGUCGAACCGAACUUUUCGACUAUGGGGUGCAGCACGGCGAUCAACUCCUGGGACCGGGAUCCGACCAGACGGAGGAGCUCGCUUUGGACCAGACUAUCUACUUUUACAAGGGUUCAUUUGAAAGCGUUUACAUCAACACCAACGGUUUCAUUGCCACGGCCGAAGUCCCCGCCGAGUCGGAGUACCUGGGCCAGAUGCCGGCCACCUUCGGCAUGCUGGCGGCCCUCCUGGGAGACCUGGACACCAGCGACGGUGCCGGGAGGGUGUACUACCGGCAGGACAGCAGCCCAUCCGUGCUGCUGCGUGCCGCCGAGCACAUCGGCCAGGCCUUCCCCGCGGACGACGAGGUGGAGCCUACGCACGCCGUCAUCGUGACUUGGGAGAACGUUGCGGCGCAGGGGGCUUCUGGUCGCGGAGACGGAACCGCCUCAAACCAGAGGAACACGUUCCAGCUGGUAGUGGCCUCCAUGGAGUCUGCUUCCUACGCCAUCCUGCUCUACCCCAGAGACGGCCUGCAGUUCCUUUCCACACCCAUAGAGGGCGAUAGCAAGCCCCUGGAGGUGGGCUUCAACCAGGGCGUGGUGGCCGGCUGGUUCUGGAAUACCAAUCUGGGUGACUACUACCGCGUUACCACCGACAACGAGGUGUCCAUCCGUGAGCUGACAGAGAAGACGAACUCGGGCCGCCGUGGCGUGUGGGUCUACGAGAUCGGCACGUCUCCCUUCUUCACCUCCAUCCACCCCGGCGAGGCAGAGGAGCUGGCCCCCGAAGAGUCCGUCCCCGGAGGCCCCAAAGAGGUCCCCGAGACCCCAGAGAGGGGGCCCCAGUACCCUGUGUUCCCCCCUUACGAGACGGUGACCGAGGAGGAGGAGGAGACCGGUGUACCCCCUACUCGGGGGCCAAGGGUGCCCGUGCACCCGGCCCAGUUCCCUGUGUACCCCGAGCCUAGUUACCCAGAACCCGAACAGCCAGAACCACGGUACCCCGAACCCGAACAGCCAGAACCGCGGGGACCACGACCGGAGCGCCCGCAGGUUGUGGUGGUGGACGCAGAUGACCUGGAUGUGGAUGUGUUUUCAUACAGCCACGAGACGUGUGCCAACAACUGGCAGAAGUGCUCCAGCUUUGCCGACUGCCGCGACUACUCCGGCGGGUACUGCUGCCACUGCCGGCCCGGUUACUAUGGCGACGGCCGAGACUGCGUGGCCGAAGGCAAGCCGCAGAGGAUGAACGGUAAAGUCACGGGCCGUGUGUUCGUCGGCAACUCGCCGUCGCAGCUGGAGUUCACCAGCAACGAGCUGCAUUCGUAUGUGGUGGCCAACGACGGGCGGGCCUACGUGGCCAUCAGCACCAUCCCGCCCACCUUGGGGCCAUCCCUGCAGCCGCUGGCCUCUCUGGGCGGGGCUAUCGGGUGGGCCUUCGCCCUGGAGCAGCCUGGCUACGAGAACGGCUUCAGCCUCAUCGGUGGCAAGUUCACGCGGCAGGCCGAGGUGACCUUCUACCCGGGCGGCGAGCGCCUGACCAUCACACAGGUGUUCAAGGGCAUCGACGAGCACGACCACCUGACCAUCAGCACCCAGCUGGAGGGACGCCUGCCAGAAGUGCCCCGUGGGGCCACCGUCCAGAUCGAGCCCUACAACGAGAUCUACCAGUACUCACGCAACGUGAUCUCCUCUUCCUCGCGGCGUGACUACACGGUCAGCCUGGCCGAGGGUGGCAUCCAGACGCUGAGCUACAGCUGGCGCCAGACCAUCAGCUUCGAGAGCUGCCAGCACGACCAGGGGGUGCGCCCUCCGCCCUCCUCCCAGCAGCUCAGCGUCGACCAGGUGUUCGUCAUGUACGACACGGCCAAUCAGCUCAUCCGCUACGCCAUGAGCAACAAGAUCGGAUCCAUCCACAGUGAAGCUGUGGAGAACCCUUGCUUCACUGGCAGACAUGGCUGUGACACUAACGCCCUGUGCCGGCCCGGUGAGGGGAUUCAGUUCACCUGCGAGUGCAGUAGCGGUUUCACCGGAGAUGGACGCGCGUGUUACGAUGUUGACGAGUGCAGGGAUACUCCUCAGAUCUGUGGCCGUCACUCCGUCUGCAGCAAUCAGCCCGGAACGUUCCACUGUGAAUGCACGGACGGCUUCCAGUUCGCCAGUGAUGGACGGACCUGCAUCGAGGUGGAGCGUGCGGUGGACCACUGCUUGCGUGGUACCCACACCUGUGAUCUGGCUGAGAGGGCUCGCUGCAGCUACACCGGCGGCUCCAACUUCAUCUGCUCCUGCCUGCCGGGUUACCAGGGAGACGGACGCUCCUGCAGGGAUAUCGAUGAAUGCCAGCCAGGUCGUUGCCAUAGAGAUGCAAUCUGCUACAACACCCAGGGUUCGUUCACCUGCCAGUGUCGUCCGGGUUUCUAUGGUGACGGCUUCCAAUGCGCACCCGACUCAGAGCGUGAGAAGACAGCCUGUGAGAGACACAGAGAGAGGGCCCAGUCGGCCUCGGCCAAUACCGGGGGGUACUUUUUCUUCCGCCCGCGCCCCGCCGUGGGGCAGUAUGUCCCCACCUGCGACCCGUACGGGUCCUACGACCCCAUGCAGUGCCACGGCAGCCUGGGCCAAUGCUGGUGUGUGGAUCGCGAGGGGCAGGAGAUCACCGGAACCAGGACUGGACCUGGCAGCACGCCCAGCUGUAUUGACCAGGGCGUGGCCCCGACCCCGGUCGGCCCCACCCCUCGCCCGGACGUGAGCCCCCUGGCCCCGGGUGCCAGCCUGCUGUUUGCCCAGAGUGGCAAGAUCGAGCACGUGCCCCUCAGCGGAGAGAGAAUGCUCAAGGAGGAGGCCAAGACCCUGCUGCACGUCCCCGAUAAGGUGGUGAUUGCCCUGGCUUAUGACUGUGUGGACAAGAUGGUGUACUGGUCAGACAUCACCCAACCGGCCAUCAGCAGAGUCGCUCUACGAGGAGGAGAGCCCACCACCCUCAUUAAGGCUGACCUGGGCAGCCCAGAGGGCAUUGCCAUAGACCACCUCUCUCGCCUCAUGUUCUGGACGGACUCCAUGAUGGACCGCAUCGAGGUGUCCAAGCUGGACGGCAGCCACCGCCGCGUGCUCUUUGACGAUGACCUCAUCAACCCUCGUCCUAUCGUUGCUGAUCCCAUCAACGGGCGCCUCUACUGGUCAGACUGGAACAGGGACGGCCCCAAGCUGGAGAUGGCCAACAUGGACGGCACAGACAGGAGCGUCCUGGUGUCCGAGGACCUGGGCCUCCCCAACGGUUUGACCUUUGACCCCCAGACCAGGCAGCUGUGCUGGGCUGAUGCCGGCACUCGUAAAGUGGAAUGCAUUGACCCCUAUACCCGUCAGAGGAGAAGGAUUGUUGAAGGCAUCCAGUACCCAUUCGCUGUAGUGCACUAUGGAAGCAACCUCUUCUACACCGACUGGAGGAGGGAAGCCGUGGUUGCCGUGGACCGGAGGGCCGAGAAGGAGGUGGACGCCUUCCUGCCGCUGAGGCGCUCGCGGACCUACGGAAUCACCGCCACUCACCCGCAGUGCCUACCAGGUGCUAACUACUGUUCAGGUAACAACGGCGGCUGCUCGCACCUGUGUCUGCCGCGGCCAGGCGGCCUCACCUGCCGCUGCCCCGACGCCAGGGACGGCACCUGCGUGGAGAGGGAGCAGCUGUGAGGAUGAGAUGGUGUUGCCAUGACAACUACGAGUCCACCCCGAAAAAACAGAGAGCAAGGGGGGAAAUAGUAGUGAGGGGGAGGGAGGGGGGUGACAGGUGUGCUUCAUGAUGACUCAGCAUAAGGGGGGAAAUGGAGGAAUUCAGUGGAAGAGAGCGAAAGAGAGAGAAGAGAAUGAGAUGGAGUGAGAGAGAGAGAGAGAGAAGAGAAUGAGAUGGAGUGAAAGAGAGAGAGAAAGAGAGAGAGAGAGGUACAAUUGAGUCACAGUGCACUGUAGUUACCCAGAAUUCCACUGAAAGCCAGUAAUGGACUGCAGUGCCACUAUCAUCAGGGAGGGGAGAGGAGAGGGGGAUUAUGGGUAAUCACGUGUGGGUGGGCCAUGGGAGGGUUGAGAGAUUUUUACCUUAUUAUUUGUUUGUUUGUUUGUUUUUUUUAACCAAAGAAAUAUUGUGCAACUAUUUUCCAAUCCAAUGUGUCUUAUGUAAAAUCACACAGUAAUUGUUUUGUUUUUUUCUAUCAUUGUAAAUAAAUGCCUAAGAAUAUAUAGACAAUAUUAUCUUUUUAAAAAAGUAUACUGGGUCGCCGUGGUGUUCUGGCAUAGAUCUUCACGUUAGGUUUCUCACGAUGCUUAAUGGUUUACAUAACAGAAUCCUCAGAGACAGGGUCGGGGGUCUUCCUGGGGCCCCAGUGCAAACCUCGGUACAUCUGGUGAACACCUCGACCGGGGGCGUCUUUGGCCCAUGUUAAUCAUGACCUCAUCCCCACCACACACACACACACACACACACUCACACUCAUGCACACUCAUGCACACACAUGCGAGGCAUGGAGCCAAGUGUUCAUAUGUAAUUUUAGUUUGACAUGGACGUGCUCUGUGUGCAGCUGGGAAGAGAAGAGAGAGAGAAAGAGAGAGAAAGAGAAAGAAUGGAGAGUGACAGAGAGAGGAGAGGACAGAAGAGAAGAGAGAGACAAAGAAAGGAGAAGAAGGCAGAAUACAUAAGAGUGAAAUUAAAGCAAAGAGUGACAUGGGGAGGUAAACAUUAUGUACAGCUGUCUCAUUAAAAACACGUGUUUUGUAA